CUUCGGCGACUCCGCUUUCCUUACCUACGGUUCAAGAAAUAUCUCCGGCGACCCAUUGUUCUUUGUCCGAAGAAAAGUCCGUUCGAGCUCUCGAGGACUCCAAGUUUUAUUUUCUUUUAUUUUGUUGUAAAAUCCGAACGUUUUAUAAGUUCGGAUUAUUUUAUUUUUAAUUUUUCCCGCUGUAAUAUUCAACAAUCUUAAGGUAGUAGUGAUGGAGUUCGGAUUCGGCAUCAUGGGUUCCUCCGGCAACGGAAUAAGUUCCGAAAUUCCGGUGGAAACCUCUUCGGUAGCCAUGGUUAUGCCGUCCUCACCACUACCCUUCGGGGCAAGUGUGGGGGCCGCAACCAUGACGUCGUUUUCAAUGCCGAGCUCGAUCUUUGGGUCGGCCCCUCGACCCAUUCCCGGGAUCGAAACCACGGGGGAUCACCCCGUCGCAAGAUCCCCCCAUCCCUAUGAAGCCAACGACCCCCUCGUGGCGAUGGUGAACCAAGCAUGGUACCACAACAACUAUCUCGCCAUCAACAUUAUCCUGGAGGGGUUGGGAGAUUCGUUGUACCCCGUUUACGCCGGUGCAACGCUCGCCAAGGAGCUUUGGAAUAGCUUGAACAAAAAAUAUCAAGCUAAAGAUGCCGGCACAAAGAAGUUCAUCGUCGGGAAGAUGCUGGACUACAAGAUGGUCGACAGCAAAUCUGUUGUCGCCCAAGCUGAGGAGCUUACGGUAAUCUUCAACAAGUGCAAUGAAGAAAAAGUAGGCGUCAGCGAGGCCUUCCAAGUGGCGGCCAUCAUCCACAAACUUCCCAGGUCUUGGGAAGACUUCCAAGCCGACCUCAAGCUCAAGAGAACGAAGCUGAACUUGGAGCAACUGCUCACGCGAUUGAGGAUCCGAGAGGAAGGGCUUGCUAGAAGAAAUGGAGGGGCAAAGUUAUCUCUUUCUUUCUUAUCUGUUCUCUGCUGUAACCCCUCUGAUCGUUGCUGCACUUCUAGGCUCGCCAUGUUGCUGAUCGCCGGGUUUCUGUCUGGUAGGGGUGGAUUGGUAGCUGUUCAUCGCGGGCUUUCUGUCGUUUCCGGACGGGGAUGCCGUGUCUCUCUGCUGGACUGUGGUUUCCCUGUGAAGUUGAGCUCGCUGUCAUCUACUGUUUGCGGUUGCUGGGUGCUGCCGCUGCUGCAGUUAGGCGUGUUAUGGGCGUUUACAACAAUGAUGGUCAUCACAGCUGAAGAGAAGCUGGAAGGAGGAGGAGCAGAUUACGAUGAGCUCCAACCAAGUGCUAUUCUACACCCUAAGCUGCCUCCUGCCCCCUCCAAGGGUGACCAAGUUGUACUUGGGAUGAUAUGUGAUCCUGUUGUUAAUGACUACUGUGUACCUAAGGGGUUAGGGGGAGUAGGGCUAAAACCACAGGAUUCUGAUUGUGCUUUAUUUAUGGACCAACUAGCCCGCCAGAGAUUCAGGGUGGUGCGUGUCCCUGUGCCAGUGGACACCACCGAUGGUGGUGAUGGGUUCACGGUGGAGGUGUUAUCCUGUGAUUAUGGGCGGUGGGACUGGAGUGAGGUGGUGGUGUUGGCUCCGCAGCCAUUGGUGUGGAAGGAACCCAGGAGUUGGAACCGUAAGCAGCAUGCUGUUGCGUGCAAUGGUUUGCUGCAUUGGUUGAUUUUUCACAGUGGGCAACUCGUUGUCUAUGAUCCAUACAUAAAUGAGGCCACAUUACCACCCUCCCAAAGGCUGGUUGAUUUGGCAAAUAAGUCCGGAUUAUGAUGGCUGGAUCGUGAGGCAUCGUUUCAAACAGUGUUGUAUAAGAGGCGUCUUUGAGAUGAGAUUAAUUAGAUCGAUGGUAUUGCUUAAAUCGUUGGCCAUCC